AUGGCUUUAAACUGGAAGACAAGAGAUCAGGGAGAAAUUCUCUGCUGUGAGUAUGCUGAAGCACUGGAGCAAAGUUUUUUAAGUACUGGGGACCAAGCUGCAAAAGGCAAUUAUGGAUUGCUUGACCAAAUCCAAGCUUUACGUUGGAUUGAAGAAAAUAUUGGAUCUUUUGGAGGAGACCCGAAGAGAGUUACUAUUUUUGGAUCUGGGGCAGGAGCUUCCUGUGUCAGUCUCCUGACACUUUCCCACUAUUCAGAAGGUUUGUUCCAAAAGGCAAUCAUACAGAGUGGAACAGCCCUGUCCAGCUGGGCAGUGAACUAUCAGCCUGCCAAGUACACUCGGAUAUUGGCAGAUAAAGUGGGCUGCGACAUGCUGGAUACCACUGAUUUGGUUGAAUGCCUGCGGAAUAAGAAUUACAAAGAACUCAUUCAACAGACUAUCACUCCAGCCACGUACCACAUUGCCUUUGGGCCCGUGAUAGAUGGAGACGUGAUUCCAGAUGACCCUCAGAUUCUAAUGGAGCAAGGGGAAUUCCUUAACUAUGAUAUAAUGCUGGGUGUGAAUCAAGGGGAAGGUUUAAAAUUUGUGGAUGGAAUUGUAGACAAUGAAGAUGGUGUUUCUCCCAAUGAUUUUGACUUUUCUGUCUCCAAUUUUGUGGACAAUCUGUAUGGUUAUCCAGAAGGGAAGGACACACUGCGAGAGACCAUUAAAUUCAUGUACACUGACUGGGCAGACAAAGAAAACCCUGAAACGAGACGGAAGACCCUGGUUGCUCUUUUCACAGACCACCAGUGGGUUGCUCCAGCUGUUGCCACGGCUGACCUGCAUGCCCAGUAUGGAUCUCCAACAUAUUUCUAUGCAUUUUAUCACCACUGCCAAAGUGAAAUGAAACCCAGCUGGGCUGAUUCAGCUCAUGGUGAUGAAGUCCCUUAUGUGUUUGGGAUUCCUAUGAUUGGUCCCACAGAACUGUUCAACUGCAACUUUUCCAAGAAUGAUGUCAUGCUCAGUGCAGUGGUUAUGACAUACUGGACUAACUUUGCCAAAACUGGAGAUCCAAACCAGCCUGUUCCACAGGACACAAAGUUCAUCCACACAAAACCCAACCGCUUUGAAGAAGUAGCCUGGUCCAAAUACAAUCCUAAAGACCAACUUUAUUUACAUAUUGGCCUGAAACCCCGAGUUCGUGAUCACUAUCGAGCGACAAAAGUGGCUUUCUGGUUGGAGCUUGUACCACACCUUCACAACCUGAAUGAAAUAUUUCAGUAUGUUUCCACAACAACUAAAGUCCCCCCUCCUGACAUGACCUCAUUUCCGUACGUGACCCGACGUUCUCCUGGGAAAUUAUGGCCAGCCACCAAACGCCCAGCAAUGACACCUGCCAACAAUCCCAAACAUUCAAAAGACACCCAUAAAACAGCUCCAGAGGAUACGACAGUUCUGAUAGAAAACAAGAGAGAUUACUCCACAGAGCUGAGCGUCACCAUUGCUGUGGGGGCCUCCUUGCUGUUCCUCAAUAUUUUAGCUUUUGCUGCAUUGUAUUACAAGAAGGACAAGCGGCGUCAUGAGACUCACAGGCGCCCCAGCCCCCAGAGGAACACCACCAACGACAUAGCACACAUACAAAAUGAAGAGAUCAUGUCCUUGCAGAUGAAGCAGCUAGAACAUGACCACGAGUGUGAAUCGCUGCAGGCCCAUGACACGCUGAGACUCACCUGUCCUCCUGACUACACACUCACUUUGAGAAGGUCCCCAGAUGACAUCCCGCUAAUGACACCCAACACCAUAACCAUGAUUCCAAAUACAUUAACAGGAAUGCAGCCUUUGCAUACUUUCAACACCUUCAGUGGAGGACAAAACAGUACAAAUUUGCCCCAUGGACAUUCGACCACUAGGGUAUAGCUCAGCCCUUCCCCAUCUACCCUCACAAGCCGCUUGGAAGAAAGAAAAAAAGAAAAAAAGAAAAAAAAAAAAAAGAAAAAAAAGAAGAGGAAAAAGUUAUAUACCAUCCAUUGAACACCUUGUCAAAAUCUAAAGUAAAAAUAAGUAAAAGAGAAGGACAGUCAUUAUUUUCUUACUGAUCCUUCCCACAGAAACUCACUGAUGUUAAAGAUCAACUACAAACCCUGUGAAAUGUGAAAAGUGUACAUUGCUGUUACAAUACUGCUUUAGAUCUCAGCCACUUUGAUUGAAAGUUGAGGCCAGAAGAAGUAAUUUAAAAUGGUGUUUAAAGUAUAACAAGCAAAGCAGAGUAUUCUGGAACACAGAGCCAGUGACUGUACAGGUGUUUUGGGUUUUUUUUAAUAAAUAAAAUUAUAAAAAAGAUUCUUUAUGUGCCAUACCAUGAAUGGCCGUUGAUAAAACAAAGACAUCACCAUGGGCUUUUACCCAGCAUAUGAAGCUGUAAUUCAGAUGGGGAAAAUAGAAUUUUAUUAUUAAAAACAAAAAUGAAAAAAAAAAAGAGGAGGACUGACUAUGCAGAAAAAUACGUAUAGUUCUGUGCAAAGAGAUGACUUGCCAGCCUGAACUAUAUUUAAAGAAACUUUGUAAAAAUGUACAUAGCUGUGAGUUUAAAAACAAACAAACAAAAAAAAGAAGCAGCUUUUAUUGAUGUUUUCAGUUUGAAAAGAGCUUUUAGAAAGAUUGUGCAUUCGAUUGUGACCUAUGUGUAUAUACAUUAGUCAUAUGACCUCUGUUUCCUCCAAGACCAAAGGAGGAAUUUCUUCUUAAUUACUAGUGGUUAACAAAAACCAUGAGUUUUUUCUAACAUGUUUCAUUUAUAUGAGGCCAUGGUGUCAUGCAGAGGAUACAGUUGUCUGUGUGACCUGCGUAUUUUCUCUUACAGGUUACACUAGUGCAUGUUAAAGUAUUCAUAGGAGAUUGUUGUUCUUUUCUGAAACAUUUUUUCUAUAAUUUAAUUUUGUGUUAGCCUUUGUUAAAUUCCAACACAGCAAUGGAUUGGAAAACAAAGAGAAAAAAUGCAAAAGAAAAUAAUUGCUAUUUUAAACUUGUUGAACUGAACCAAGAAACAUCCAAUAAUAUAUAUUUGGAGUCCAGUUUGUAGUUCUUGGUUAUUGUGAUACUUUAGGAAGAGUUUUGUGCCCUGACAAAAGCAAUGAAAGCCUGUGUUUUGGUCAGCCUUCUUUAAGGAAAACUAUCUAUAUUCACCAGCAGUUGCAGUGGAAACUCAGCUGAGAAAGCACCUCCUCAGCAUUGCUAAACAAAAUAAAACUACAAUUUGAAAGCUGGGAAAUGCAGGGUUGAUUGGCUGUCUGUUUUUCAAGCUGUUCAGAGUGAUGAGUGUGUAAAGAACUUCUCAGCCCAGUAUCUUGUUUUGUGCUUGAGAGUGUACCUGUCAGAAAAUUCUUAUUUGCUGAUUCAUUGCACAGUCCCACAGUCAGUGAGCAUUAUGGAGAGAGAAUCAGAGAAAUCCUCAGCUGUUCUGCAUUUGAACAAAACUGAAAAUCCCAGAGAGCAUCACUCUCAGGAAAGGCAAAAUUAGUAGCUGGUUAUUCCCUUCUGCCUUUCCUUCACUAGAAAAACAGGGGCCAAGCAGAGCUAUCAAAGUAACUUACCAGUUUGAUUCAAAAAACUCAUUUGAAUGUGGAAAGGUAGAAAAUAGUUUUUGCAGAUGAAGAUUGCUUUAUAUUUUGUCUUUGAAAGUUACUUCAUCAUUGAGAGAUAGUAACCAAAGAUCUUUGAACAAAUUGGUCUGCACUUGAACAUGACUCUCCCAGAUGUAUUUUCUAUUAUUAAUUCACAGCUAAACUGCAUUGAUAUCAUAUGUCCCAUAACAAUUAACACAAGAUGCCUUGUACCUCUUCUUGUUUUCUACACUUUUUCUUUUCUAAUAAAAUACUUUGAAAUAGUCACCCCUACAAAUAAAAUCAAAGACAAAGUGAUUCACUGAGGUCUAUUCAUCUUCACAACUCUUUGUUGUAGCAGGCAGUAAAGCAAAUUCUGAAGGAAAGAAAUAAAAAAAUAAUGACAUGAUAAAAAUAAAACAUGUGGCUGAUAUAAUCCUUUAUCUGCAGUAAAUGUUCUACAAAUCUGACCUGGGAGCUCAGGCUGGAAUGUGAUGAAGUAGCAACCCCAAAGUACAAUUAGUAGAAAAUGGAAAAUUGUUUGUUUCUUUUCACUGAUCCAUCACGUAAUAUAUUAAUGCUGACUCUAUACCAGGCCAUUUCCACCAGCUAUGUAAUUCCUCAGCUGAGAUGCAGCAGUUCAUAACUCUUAAAAAAAGGUUUAAAAAAAAGUAAAAAAAAAAAAAAAAAAAGUAAAAAAAAAGGUAAUGAUGCUUGGCAUCAUGAUCAGUUGGGUAUGUUUGUAAUGUGAAUUACAGUAUUUGUUUAGUACUUCCAAUUGUCUUCUGCUAGCAAUAUGUACAGUACUGUGUCAGGCUUGUGACAUUUGGGUAAAAAAAGUUCCUGUAAGUGAAUGAAUUUAGCUUUUAAAAGUAAUUACAAUCAAGUUGAUUUAAUAAUUUGAUACAUCUGGACUGAUGUAUGAUUUAUAGAGGGAAAAGAUUUAUAGGGUCUUCAUAGAAUUCUAUAAUAAUGAUAUCAAAAUAUACUUUGAACUGUUAAAGAAAAACAAAAGUACUUUCCCAGGCUUAUAUUCUUGUCCUUAAGAGGCACACAGGGUUCAAUGGUUUCUUCUGUUAUUGUUUGCAAUUUUUUUGUUUUUUUUGCCUUAAGUAAUGAUAGAAGAUAUAUAUGGCUGGACACAUAUGUAUAAACUUUUCAGCAGCAUUUUUAAUAAUAAAAUAUCA